CACUGUUUUUUUUUUUUUUAAUGGUUUUGACCGGCUACUGGUUUGGAUGAAAACCGACGUUCUGGAGGCCGUUUUCAGCCCCUGCUUCAAUUGGACCUGAGCCAACCGGCCGGCCUGCUUGACAAAAACUGGUCAGUACAACACAUCUGUUCAUUACUUACACGAGAAGCCCCGGCCGGCCGAGUCAUCAACCGAUCGGCCCCACAAGAUAUCUGUCCUAGGGUUUUCCGUUGGGAAUAAGCCCCACAAGGAUAGAAAGGAGAAAACUGCAAAGUAUAAACCCUAAAUCUUGGCUGGUAAGCCUCCCUCACUCUCGGAACUUCUCUGAUUAGCUCCUCCACCCAGCCGUAAAAAACCAACUUCGAUCGUCGUGUGAACUUUUGAGGAGAGCCAGGACGUCGACACAUCCUUGAGACGACAUGGACAAGAAUAUGCUCGCUGGGCUGGAAGGUAUGCCCGAAGAAGACAAGAUGCGAAUGGCCUCCAUGAUCGACCAGCUCCAAAUCCGCGACAGUUUGAAGAUGUACAACUCGCUUGUGGAGAGGUGCUUUACCGACUGCGUGGAUGACUUCACCCGCAAAUCUCUCAAGAAGCAAGAGGAAAGUUGUGUGGCAAGAUGUGCCGAGAAGUUCUUGAAGCAUUCAAUGCGUGUUGGGAUGAGGUUUGCAGAGCUGAACCAAGGAGCUGCCACUCCAGAUAACUGACCAUGGGUUGCUCAUUGCCUUGAAUCUGUUACUGUAGCUCCAUUGAAUAGAUCUUAGUUCUUUGAUUACUGUAUUUUUCAAGUUUUCCCAAGCGAGAACCAGAAUAGUACGGUAGCUUUAUGUCUCCAUUACUUAUCUUUCAUAUACUUUGACAGAACUUCGAUCAUCAUAAUGUCACAAUGCUGGAUUGCUGGUAAAGUUUCAUGGUCGUCUGAUUCAUAUAUGAUGUUAUAUUCUUUCAAACAUUCCUGCAGGGUGCUGGACCCAUAUUUUCUAAGCGUUG